CCUGUUUGAUCCAAGUAAAUAUUCCUUUGAUGUCCUGGUGGCUAAACUGUGUAAAGUCUAUUCCAGUGAUUCCACCGAGGAGUUGAGACUCUUUAAGGGGAUACAAGAUCAAUUUGAGGGGUUGCAAAAUGAUAAACAAGUUCAGAAAGAAGGAAAAACAUAGUUCUGAUUCACAAAAUGAAGUUUCCUUCUCCUGACUUUUAAAUUCUGGACAAUUUUACAUUUGAACUAAGCAGACUUAUGGCAACAUUUGUCUCGGCUUUGUCAAAGGUGGGGUCCACAGGUUCAGACUUUGCAAACCCCUGGUGAAGCCAAAAGGUCCAUUACCACUACAGCCCUGCACUUUGUGUGUCUGCACUGUGUAUAGUUGAAUCAAAUGAAUUAUAUCAGAGUAACUAGUUCAUUAAAGGCAGAGAAAUAUCUGGGAAAAUACCACUAUCUGCAGCUGAGAACUGGAAAGGUUAAACAAAGCUUUAUCAGCGUGUUCAUCACUCAAAAUAACUUUCCAGACAGGAAAGCUGUGUGAUUAUCAGUACAGUGACGAAGCCUAACCUCUCCUGGAUGGGAACAGUCCACCUGUCACCUGGUGAUAUUAAGAGACUAGAAGAACUGGAGCCUGACACGGUAACAGUCCGGACAUACAGGCGAGAUGAGAGGCCUCUGGCUGCUGUUAGUGCUCGUGGCUGCGGCCAAAGCUGAGAGGGUCUUCAUUGGAGAUCAAGUCAUCAGGGUCAAUGUGCAGUCUGAGGAACAGAUCCAACUCCUGCAGGCUCUGGAGACUAAAGAGGAGUGGGAGCUGGACUUCUGGCUCCACCCCGUCUCCACUGAGCUUCCUGUCGACAUCAGAGUGCCCAGCUCCAGUUUGAGCGCUGUGAGGGACUACCUCCAUGGCCACAACAUCCCCUUCUCUGUCAUGAUUAGCAACCUUCAGGAGCGUCUCGAUGAGGAGAAAGCCGAGAUGGAGAAGAACCGGAUAAGGGAGCGCGGCACCAGGAGCUUCAACUUUGGAGCCUAUCAUCGUCUGGAGACAAUCUACAACUGGAUGGACACCCUGGUGGCUCAGUACCCUAGUCUGGUCACAAAAGAGGAAAUCGGGAAAUCCUAUGAAAACAGGCCCAUGUAUGUGCUCAAGUUCAGCACUGGAGGCAUCAAGCGUCCCGCUAUCUGGAUGGACACUGGUAUCCACGCCAGAGAAUGGGUGUCUCAGGCCACUGGAGUGUGGACAGCCAACAAGAUUGCCACUGAUUAUGGUACCGACCCUUCCCUGACCUCUCUCCUGAACACCAUGGACAUUUACAUGCUGCUCGUAGCCAACCCUGACGGCUAUGCUUACACCCACUCCAACGAUCGUAUGUGGCGUAAGACUCGCUCCAGGAACCCAGGCUCCAUAUGCCGCGGAGUUGAUCCCAACAGGAACUGGAAUGCAGGCUUUGGUGGCCCUGGUGCCAGUAAGAACCCCUGCUCUGAGGCCUACCACGGCCCCUCAGCUCACUCUGAGAUUGAGGUGAAGAACAUGGUGAACCUGAUCCAAAACCACGGCAACUUCAAGUCCUUCAUCUCUGUCCACGCUUACUCCCAGCUGCUCAUGUAUCCCUACGGCUAUUCCUGCAACAGCGUGCCCCAUCAGCGUGAGCUGGACUCUGUUGGCAGAGCUGCAGUGCAGAAACUCACCUCCCUCUAUGGCACCAGAUACAAGGUUGGAAGCAUCUGCAAAAUCAUCUAUCAAGCCAGUGGUGGCAGCAUUGACUGGUCCUACGACGUGGGCAUCAAGUACUCCUUUGCCUUCGAGCUGAGGGACACUGGACGCUAUGGUUUCAUUCUGCCAGCCAAUCAGAUCAUCCCCACCGCCACCGAGACCUGGCUGGCCCUGAAGCACAUCAUGGAGCACGUCCGUGACCAUCCUUAUUGAUAUACUCGUCUUUAUCAUUUGGCGCUGAUGUAUAUCACUUGAC